AUGUGGAGCAUUGUGGAGUACAUCCAAUCCGGGCUGGAGAUUCCAGCCUACGUCUGGUUGGUGCCCUUACAGGUUAUCGGUGCUCUACUGUCCAUCUACAUCACGUUUCAUGAUGCAGAUGUACUUCUCAUCCUACACAACACCUCCGGAUGGGCGAAGGUUUCUGUGGCCAUCCUCUCCUUUCUCUUCCUUGGCUGCUGCCAAGUCAUUCAGGUGAAGCGUGCAUGGUCCCGGCAGAUGCACGAUGCCGAGGUUGUGAUCGAGAUGUCUGACAACGACCUCGGCGUUGCGCGGAAGGAGUCGACAUACGACGACCGGGCGGCCAACGCUUCGAGCCUUCACGACUUUGGCGCUGCCGAGCGCAUCACGCCGGUCGCGCUCCUGACUGGGGUUCCCUUCCUCCUCGUUCACGCCAUGAUCUCUGCGCAGUGCCCCGUGCAACUUUGCGUAGGGGACGAGAUCUGGAUGGUGCCGGUUGAGCCACCGGAAUGCUCUUGGGACAUUAGGAUGUGA